CUGACCGAAACAGAAGUGCUGUUAUGAGUCAAACUAUGCUAAAGAUUGGGUUUAUUGGGGCUGGAGCUAUUCACUUCGGUAGACCGGAAGUGCCCUGGGAUCAUGCGUCACGCCUAGAGAAGAUUGGUGGAAUGGAGGUUAUUGGAAUUGUUGACCCCGACACCCGUCGGAGUGAUGAGGUACUAAAAGAAAGAUUGGCAUCUCCUGACUACGGUCACAUGUAUACACACUGCCGACUCCUAACUGACUACCGGGAGUUAUUGGGAAUGAAACCGGAAGUGGUCUUCAUUGGGGCUCCCCCAGCUUACAGAGGCUCUCCAAUAGAUGGAAAGAAUCUGGAAUUAGAGUUUUCCAGGGUUGGAAUACAUGUUUUCGUGGAAAAACCUCUAUCGAUCGUGCCCCCGGAAGAAUUCUCGCCUUACGCAUGCUCUGUGUCGGAGGCUUGUCGGGCGAACAACAUCGUUCUAUCAGUCGGUUACAUGUUCAGGUACCACGCCGCCGUCCUGAAAAUGAAGGAAAUGAUUGCGCACCAUGGCGGGAAGGUGAAGGCUUUCAAUGCCCGCUAUUACUUUGCCUACACAGAGGGAGUAAACAAAACUUGGUUCAAUACGGAUUUCUUCGGUGGACCAAUCGUGGAGCAAGCUACUCACUUCUGUGACCUGGCUCGGUAUAUUGUUGGGGAUGUAGACAUGACGUCACUGCAUACUAUCAUGCUGAACGACUGCGAUAAAGGCGGGGCUGGUAACCUUAAUCACCUCCUAGACCGUGCGGAGGACGAUAUACCGUCCAACAAGCGGAUCCCCAGAGUCACACUCAGUCACUGGAGGUUUGAGGACGGCGGUCUUGGGACGUUGAUGCACUCCAUAACGUUACCCGGAAGUCGUUACCAAGCAACCAUUGACGUUCAGUUAGACGGUCUCCAACUCUCGCUUAUCGACCCUUACGAGAGUACCAGUAUACUGAGGGUCCGAAAUCUAGAGGGUGGAAAUCCUAACCAAGACCAGGAUUUCGUUUUCGAUAAUGACGACAAGUAUUUGAGAGAGCUGGAUACAUUCAUCAAAGCUGUUCGUCAGAGGAAGCAAUCCCUCAUCAAAAGCUCGUACGAAGACGCCACGAAAACCUACGAAUUGACCUGGGCGAUACGGCGACAAGGAGAGGUCAAGAUGUAGAUUGAAGACUUAAAACUGUAAUAGGUUUAAUAUCUUAAAUGAAAUUUAUACAAAUGUCGCUUAUAAUCACAUUUAUAUAACUCGAAAAGUUCAUCAUAGAUUAGUGUUUAAUAAAGCAUUGGUAAAGUU